AUGAGCUAUCAGCACGCUGCGCCGUCCGUGUCUACGGACGACAACAACCCCUCCAACGGCACCGCUCAGCCCCAAAAUGCUACCGCCAACCCGCCAGGGGGCCGUCAGUCUGGAAAUGUGACAGUCUAUCAGACCUCCGGCCCCGACGCCUACAUGGACCCCAUCGCUGCGUCCGACGGCUCCGGCGCGGCGCUCAAUCCACGAUCCUGCGUUACCUGUAGAAGGCGGAAGGUUCGCUGCGACAAGCAGAUGCCGUGCUCCAACUGUCGGAGAGCACUGAUUCCAUGCGUCUUCCCGGCCCCUGGACGUGCGCCGCGACAGCCGAAGCCCAGGGAUCCGAAUGCAGCGCCAAAGACAGCGACAAGCCAGCGUGAGGUUGAGCUUACAAAGCGGCUUAGGAAGCUGGAAGGGAUCGUCGAGGAGUUGAGUGGGCAGAUUGAGGUCGAGUCAGGUGGCAAAGGGCCCUCUUCUGCAGGCUCGCCCAAUUCUCCAGGUCAUCCGCCUGUAAGGCGGUCCACAGCUCCUGGCUUGAAUCCUGCCGCGGUGGUCUCAAACACUGUCGGCCCUGAAGGUGACAAUCAAAUCGAGAACAGCAUCGACGGCCCAAAAAAGGACAUCUCCCAUCGUCUUGGUCGUCUAGUCCUGAACGAUCACAAGGGGAAUACACGAUAUGUGUCCAACCUCUUUUGGUCCAAGCUGAACGACGAGCUUGACAGCCUGCGAAAAGACACUAGACGCUUAUCGGAUGGCGAUGUCGAUGAAACCGAUUAUGAGGAUAACCCCGACGACUCGCCCGACGGCACCCAGGGACAGCUCACCAGUGACGACCAUCAAGCGUUCAUAUUUGGCUACAAGGCGGCAGACGUAGACCUACUUACGUGCCAUCCCCCAGCAUCUCAUGCACCUCAUCUGUGGGCGACGUAUCAAGAUCGGGUCGAGCCAAUUCUCAAGAUUCUCCAUGUACCCACAAUGGACGAGAUCAUGAAUGUGGCGCGCCAGACACCCGAACGCCUCUCGCGGGGCCAUGAAGCACUGGUCUUUGCCGUCUACUUCAGUGCCGUCGUGGCGAUGGAGCCAGGCGAGCUGCUCGCCGAAUUCAAUGCUGACAAGGAGACCCUCUUGCGCCAAUACCGUUUCGCAUUGGAGGUCGCGCUCGCCAGGGCCAACUUCUUGUUCACGACGGAGCUUGCUGUGCUUCAAGCCUUUACACUCUUCCUCAUUGUGGUGAGAUCCGUGGAUGAUAGCCGCUUCUGCUGGACCUUGACCGGCUUGGUCAUCCGGAUCGCCCAGGGCAUGGGCAUUCACAGAGAUGGAUCACAAUUCGACAUGACGCCGUUCGAGACAGAGAUGCGUCGUCGCGUUUGGUGGGCAAUCCUCAUUCUCGACCUUCGCUCAGCUGAAGAGAUUGGCUCGGACUUGGUCAUCACAGAGAAUGCAUUUGACACCAAGAUGCCCACAAGUAUCAACGAUGUAGAUAUCUGCCCCGAGACGAAGGAAAUGCCUAGGGCCCGCGAAGGGCGAUCUGACACGGCCGUGGCCCUUGGUCGAUAUGAAAUUCUCACGAUGUCGAGACGAUUCAUCGGUGAACUUCCCGUCAAGGCCAUCCAGACCAAUCUUGCCGAGAAGGAGCGGGUUCUCAUUGAAGCGUACGAGCGCGUCGAGCAGCGUUUCAUCAACCGGUUCGUGGACCAGAACGACCCACUCUGGUUUUUGGCUUCCAUGAUUGCGAGAAUCAUCGUCUCCAAAAUGUGUCUGAAUCUGUAUCAAGCCACAGUCUUCGCUGGAAACGACAGCGGUGUGCCGGCCCAAGACACGAUCCGUGACCGCGUAUUCAUUGCAGCCAUUGAGGUGGUGGAAAUUGGGAACAGACUCCUCUCAGACGAGAGGUGCGGGCGGUUCCGCUGGCUUUUCGCGACCUACACCAACUGGCAUGCAAUCGCCUUCAACCUGAUCGAACUCGGUCGCCGGCCGUGGUCCGCACUGCUCGAGCGAUCGUGGGAGGCUGUGCGGAUGAAAGACCGCGACCCUGCGGAGUUGGCCAAGCACAGCGGCCACGCAGUCAUCUUCCUGCCCCUGCGCAAGCUGUUCUUCCGCGCCCGCCGCCACCGCGAAGCAGAAUUGCUGCGACUUCGGUCGGACCCGGAAGCAGCGCGUCUCCUUGACUUUGCCGAGCGCACAAACCCAGCAAUAGCCCGCUUUGGGCCCACCCCUGGCAACGAGCGCAGGAUGGACGAGGUUCGACUCAGGUGGUGGGACUUGGUUACUGUUCGACCAAAUAACGCACAAACCAGUCGCACGACAAACACAUCAACGAUGGGUAUGCCCCUGGCGCAGGACGCGAACAAUACAAUGGACAUGUCAAUGGCACCCCAAGCGUCUGGAGCGCCCGGCUACCAAAAUGCAGCCGCAAUGGAGUUGCUUGACGACAUCAUGGCCCAGCCCAACCCCAACCUUGCUACGCUCUGGGCAUUAGGAGGAGACUGCUCGCAGCCAAAUAACCUAAGCUUACCAAGCGCCACAGACACACCACAGCAGCAUGUUAUCCAAACGGGGGAAAGCGCCCUGCGGCGGCAGGCCAUAGCGCUACAGGCUCGAGCUGCGUCGCAGGGCCUAGGUGUAUCGCAGGACCACUAUCCCCCGCAAAACAUGUGGGACGAAGCUUGGGAUGCACUAGGACCGUACCAGCCGUCGCUUGACCAAGGCAUCGGGCCCAGUGAGGACCUGGACAUGCUAGAUGGUGACUUUGACUGGACCCAAUGGACGAGCACACUUGCGACGUACGACAUGGGCGGGAUGCAAGUCACAAUGAACGAACUCGACAACAAGAGCAUUCUGAUCACGGGAGCCUCAAUGGGCAUCGGCGCCGCCAUCGCUCGCCAAUCUCGCCGCCUGUUCGCUGAUUCUCAUCCUGUUCUCACGAUCACAGACAAAGCUCGACGCCUUGUCCUCGCCUCUCCGCUGCAAGACUGUCACCUACGCCAUCGAUGUGCAAGGCUAUGCCGCUGUCAGCGACGCUGUGUUUCAGCCGUGAAGGAGCUAGGCACCAUUGACAUCCUCAUCAACAACGCCGGGCUGGCUUCGGGAGCGCCAAGCCUAUUCCCCCAUCUCACGAUCGAGCAAGUGAUGCAGAUGAACGGGACCAAUGUCAGUGGGUACAUGUUUGCAGCCCAGUUGUCCUCAAACGCGGGAGGAAUGUAUGAGGCCAAGUGCGGGUCCAUUCUCAACGUCACGUCCACCACGGCACUCGAGGUCCCGCCGUUCCCCGGCGAGUCGGUCUACCACGCCAACAAGGCGCUGCAGGAGGGCUUCACCAACGCGUUGCGAGUCGAGCUGACUGGGGCCGAUAUCCGUGUGCUCGCCCUCCGACCAGGCGUGGUGGACACGCAAUUUGACCGGCAGAGAGUUGGUUACGACGAGCAGAUGAAUGACGAGUUUAUGGAGGGCUAUGAGUCUUUGGUGCCUGAGGAUCUGGGUCCUGCCGUGGGAUACAUGCUCAAGAGUCCGGCGGGGGUGAGCGUCAAGGCCGUGGACGUGGUGCCCAGCGCGCGGAGGAGCCCGGCCAGCUUUGACAGGACGGGGAACGACAGGAAUGAGAGGAGGUGA